AUGAAACAAGGAUUAGUUGCUCCAAAACCUUAAUCUGAAAUAUUAAUACAACAAAUACCAUCUAGUCCAGAUGAUGGACUGUCUUAUAAUAGCAGUAAAUCAAUUAGGUUUUUAAAUGAUGCACAUCUAAAAGUUCCUCUAAAAGUUCGUUAUGAUAGGUUCGGAAAUAUCAUUGAUAAAAAGAGACGAGAGCAAUAAGUCUCAUUUAGAGAUAGAGUUACAAAACAACAAAGAGUUUAUGAUCUAUUCUAAUUCGAUUUAUUCUAAUUUGAAAAACUGCAAGUAGAGAGUAGUUAAAAACAAAAAAGAGCAGUGUGUUGUGUAAUUUAAUGA